AUGUUUCCCCGUCUACCAGAAAUCUAUAAUCAUUACGGAGAGGAUGAGAGUGGUGGUAGUGGUGCGGAUACAAACUUUGGGGAGAAAGAAGGACAUGAUACUGCUGCUGUGGCGAAGUCAAGGGCUGUUGUCAAGGGCUGUACAUGGAUUCUUGCUGCUGCAGGCGUUAUGUUUGCGGUAUCUAUGCUGGCUUAUUUGGGGUCGACAACAGAGCUCCAAGGACGUAACCGCCCAAGGCCCUUUCCUUCUGAGGUUGAUUGGAAUGGAAUCAAAUAUAAUGAGGUGUCACUGGUUGAUUCCAAGGGGAAAAACAGGAACGGUUUGAGUUAUUCAGAGUCAUAUGCGUUACAUAGGGUAGAGUGUUGGCAAAGAAGUAUACCAAUACCGCCACCAUCACCUGCAAGGAAAACAGGAGUGGGUACUCUUAUUUUUUUCAUUCAUGGGAACUCAGGGUCAUACAAACAGGCUACCCAAUUGGCAUGUGCUGUGUUGCAGCGGUGUGGCAUCAAUCCGGAGUUUUACUCGUUAGACUUUGCAGAACAGGCGAACAUCCACCGCGGUAGACUUCUCGAGCAGCAGGCAGCGUUUGCCGUAGAUGUGGUAAGGUCGUUGCGGCGCAAAAGAGACCGUGAUAAGUUACAACAACCAGUGGGCUUCUAUGUGAGGGACUCGAAGGUGGUGGCGCAGCAGCAGCAGCAUGGCGUUGUUACCAACGUGUGGCUCAUUGGACAUUCCAUGGGGGGUGUGGUGGCACAACUGGCUUCAACAAUGAUGUCAGGGACAUCAAGCUCAGUUAACGGCAUCAUUACUCUCAAUACACCGCACCGGCAGCCACCUAUAUUUCUGGAUGAGCCGAUGCUACAUGUCUACACAACCCUCUGGAAGAGUUUCAGGAAGAGCGAGGCCUUACAAGGCCAGAUGAGGGUGCUGCCUCGUGUCGUGUCUAUCACGUCAGGAGCGCUAGAUCUGCAAGUGGAGUCACAGCUGACGGACCUUGCACGGGGCUCUAACGCUGCGCGCCAACAGCAUUCUGCGACCAUACACACAGAUGAUUCAAAGGUCUGUGGUCAGAUGUUUUCACACAACGACGUGGUACGGGAUUAUUGCGUUGUGGAUCUUGUCGCGCGCAUCAUUGCAAACGAAUCCCUUGAAUGCCGGAAUAACAGUGAUACCAUGAACUUAGCGACCCUGCCGAGAAGUGGUGUCUUGACUAUCUCUUGGUGGGCAGAGCGUAGUGUGAUGCGUCACACACUUCCGGUCGCCGUGGUGUCGCUCUACACAGCGGUGAUACUCGCCUCCUUUCGCCCGUUAGUCCUUUAUCUGUUGGUAUCCGCCCGGUGUGCGCCGUUUCACCCCCAUCACCAUUGUCAUUUCCAUAUUCUUAAUUAUGAAUCUGCAAUGCUGUUUAAAGCACGUGCGGUGGGUGUGGUGUUUCUGACUGUCCUCAUUGGUGUAUCAAGCCAGCUUCUUCUGGUACAGUUUCGGUGCUGCAUGCUUCCCCAAAGUGAUUGGUGUGCCCUUCCGUGGAUCGCUGACGACCUCGUGUGCACACCUACCAAUGGAUGGAGCCAUUUACUGUCGUUGUUUCUGGCAGCUGUUGGCCCAGCGGUGGUUGGGUCGUGGGCAGGCGUGGCAGCCUACCAACUCCUUCGUCUAUUAUUACUGUUAAGCACGAGUUGGUGGAAGGUGAUGUGGUCAUUCUACUGCUACUUGGCUGGUCACGGUCGCGUUCGCCGAUCCGGUUUGGUUUGCUGGAACUACAUUCCAGUAAUAGGGUACCUUGCUGCUGUUGUGCUCUGUUGGUUGUUGUCUGUACAGCUGUGUCAGCGUGCACUGGUUUGGUUAUGUAUAACGUUGCUGCUGCUGCCGAUGCGCAUGCUUUCUUCCGAGAAGGUGACAGCUGUAGCCCGUAAUCGUGCAAUCAAGGAUGUACGUGCUCUUGUGGCGGCUUACGCAUUGUUGCAUGUGCUGCAUAUCCAUCCGUUUUUUGUGCUUCGAAACGCGUGGCUCUCUGACACUGACGACAAGGAUGCGACAAUGAUAUAUGCUUGGAGCCGAGUGGUGGAGAUAACACUGCAUGCUCUGUUGCUUGCACACGUUGUGUGUCCUGUGCUCCCCCACCACCUCUUUCCGAGGCGGCGUGGCUCACAUCAUGUGUGGACCACCCUCACACACAGGAACCCGCUGCGAGUUGCCGUUGUGGCCGCAUCCCUAUUGCUUCUGUGCUCUCUGAUGGUGAUGGCGAGUGUGCCGGUGGAAUCGUUUCGCGUUGCGUGGGUGCUUCUUUUGGGUUUCCCGGCCUGUGUGCUUCUGCAUAUGGGAAUUCCCCAUGCAGCUGCUGCUGUUUCUAUCUUUGGUGAUGCUAUGGGUGCCAUGUUGUAG